UGCAGAGCACGUGAAGGCACUAAUACAGCAUCAUUGCAUCUCCUGGCUGGAGCAACUAUCUACUAGCUACUGUACAUCUGACCCCAGUGUCCUCUAUCGAUAUUGGUCUAGGUAUUGUAUCGCCUUGGUAUCGGUGGGUAUCGGAUCGCAAAGCCGUCCAGUGUUUCCUGGUUACCGUUUCGGUGACGUCGAAGCAGCGCUGCAGAUGCACGCGGGCUGCAAUUAACGCUAAGUGUCCGAGUGCACGAGAGACAGAGACAAAGAUACAGAGAGACAAUACAGAGCAAAAAGGAUGCUCUGGAUGCUCAGAUAAUUGGUGAAGGAAAAACGUUUCUCGACAAUAAUGUGAAAAACAAGAUCCGAGAUGACUGAUGUAGAGACUGUUGUCACUGAUUUCGCUGCCACAGGAAGGACCGGCCGACGAAACGCAAUGCCAGAUAUUUUAGACCCCAACGCAGGACCAGAAGCGGCAGACCUUCCAAACAAACUAGCUGAUCUUUCUGUUGGAGAUGAUGCCGAGAAUGGAGGAGAAGGCUCAUCCUCGAGUGACCCCGUCACGGACACUGCAGGGGGAAAGGACCAAGCAGAGGGAACUUAACCCAAUACAACCUGAACCAAACUGAACAGUAAAGACAUUAGAGACAGCAGCACAAUGUCUCCUUUCGCCUCCAUGACCAAACUACUGUUAUGGCUGCAGUCUGUGCUAUGCAAGAUCGGCUUCACCAGAGGAGAUUAUUGUGACGUAGUCAGACACAGGAGCACCCAGUUGCUCUUAAAAAUCCUGCUGUUUUGACAGAAUCAAUAAAUUCCCCACCUGAGUGAUGUUUAUUUGUCAAAAAGGAUAAUGUUGUCUGUAUGUCUUAGAGAUAACCAUAUAAAAUGUAUUAUUUUCCUAAAGGGACAAUUCAGUUAAUUAUUGUUUUUAUUAUUAAUUGUCACAGAACCAAAUGAAUGUCUAGUUUCAAUAUGAAUAAAAGACAAAUUCAUGCUAUUUGGUUAUGUAAGUACAAUUCAGACCUUUUAGAAUGUGGCUGAUCAUUUAUUUCGUGUUUUAUUAUUUAUUUAAUAUAUACACCGAUCAGGCAUAACAUUAUGACCAGUGAAGUGAAUAGCAAUGAUUAUCUUUUCAUCAUGCCACCUGAUGGUGGGUGGGAUAUAUUUAGCAGUAAGUGAACAUUUUGUCGUCAAAGUUGAUUGUAUGUGUGUAAAGAGUGAAUGUAAAAGCAGGAAGAACGUGCAAGCGUAAGGAUUUG